UCUAUUCUCUUUAUUUCUCUCAAUCUCUCUCAUUGGCUCCUCAAUGGAAACUCCGAUGGUCAAAAUCCAAUCCGACAACUUCUCUUCAUCUCACGUUAGGGUUUCUCUCAGAGUGCGCCCUUUCUUGCCCCAAGAGAUCGAAAAAGAUGGGAGCAAACCAGCCUCAUGCAUCUCACUGCUAGAUCAAGUGGGUAAAGAAGUCACUGUACAUCUCAAAGAUCAAACGACAAGCCGAAAUGAGUGCUACAAACUUGAUUCAUUCUUUGGACAAGAAGACCGGAUUAAUCUUAUCUUUCAGAAGGAGGUUAGCUCAGUGAUCCCAGGGAUUUUUCAUGGGCACAAUGCUACGGUCUUCGCGUAUGGAGCAACUGGUAGUGGGAAAACGUAUACCAUGCAGGGUACAGAGAACGAACUUGGCCUUAUUCCCUUAGCCAUGUCAGCUAUCUUGUCUUUAAGCAAGAGCAUGCAGAGCUUAGUGGAAAUUUCCUAUUAUGAAGUGUAUAUGGAUCGGUGUUAUGAUCUCUUAGAACCCAAAGCGAAGGAGAUAAUGCCAUUGGAUGAUAUGAAUGGAAGGGUUCAGCUCAAGGGACUUUCUUUGGUUCCUGUGUCCUCAAUGGACGAGUUCUACGAAAUUUACUCCAUUGGUGUUCAGAGAAGAAAGGUUGCUCAUACUGGACUUAAUGAUGUCUCUAGUCGUAGUCAUGCUGUUCUUGUUAUUGCAGUUAGAAAUGGCGGUGUUAAUGGAAAGCUCAAUCUUAUUGACCUAGCAGGCAAUGAAGAUAAUAAAAGAACGUGCAAUAAAGGGAUUAGACUUCAAGAAAGUGCAAAGAUCAACCAAAGUUUAUUUGCUUUGUCUAAUGUAAUAUAUGCUUUGAACAACAAUGAACCAAGAAUUCCAUUCAGAGAGAGCAAAUUGACCAGGAUAUUGCAGGAUUCGCUUGGAGGUGACAGUCGUGCUUUCAUGAUUGCUUGCCUUAAUCCUGGUUCAUAUCAAGAGGCUGUCCACACAGUUAGCUUAGCUGCUCGCUCUCGUCAGAUUGUGAACUAUUUUGGUUCAGAAAGAAGGAAAGAAAUUCCAAACGAAACUGUUGACAUGGAAGCAAAGCUAAGAGCUUGGCUUGAAUCCAAGGGCAAGACAAAAAGUAUUCAAAGGAUGAAUGGACUUUGUUCUCCUCUGCGCAGAACUCCAACAUCUCUUUGUUAUUCAAAGAAUUUAGUAUUCAGCCGUACUUCUAUAAAAGCAAAGAAUGCCGAAAGCCUUUCUGUUACUACUAAGGGGAGAAAAUUGUUUGAUUCUGAGGCUUUUAUUUCAUCUUAUGCGAAGGCUGCAAAUAAAAAUCAGAAACCAGAAACUUGCAUUGAUAGAAAAAUGGAAGAUCAAACAAAGUGUAGUGACAAAAUGAGCGAAAGGACGCAAAAAUUAGAUAAUUCCCACCAGAACGCCCUUUCUCCAAUAAAACCAACUAGCAAUGAAUUAUCUGAUGAUAAUAGCACAUUCUUUUCUGUGCUAGAUUCAAAAAUUCCAGUAACUCCUUUUUCUUUGGCUAGUCAAAGCAGUAAAUUUGAAACCAGCAGCAUUCUACUUGAUAAAUUCAAGGAAUCACUUGAGGAGGAAUAUAUCUCAUUCCUGAAUGUUGCCAGCAAAGAAGAGCUUAUGCUUCUAAAGGGAAUUGGUCAAAAAAGAGCAGAAAGUAUACUUGAGCUAAGAAAAAGCUCCCCCAGGCCACUUAAAUCAUUGUCGGAUUUAGAGAAGAUAGGCCUUUCUACCAAGCAGGUUAUACUUCUCACGACGUUCAUAAAAGUAGCUUGUUGCCAAGUGAACAUUUCCCUCCGAUCUUUGCCGUAUUAUGCUUCAGGCAUUCUGCUUCCCAGAUUAAGCAUGUUCGUUUAG